CUUGAGCAUAGAUUAGAGAUAACAUUAGUGCAGAAUCCAGUUCGCAUUCGACGUUGCGAGGUUAAAUCAUAUUUAGGUUAAAAGAAAUUUUAACAGAAUUGUGAAAAAUAUUCCAAAUGGCACAUACUACGAGAUUCCUCGUGAUGACCGGCAAGUUUCUGAAGGGAGGUUGUAAUCUACAGCCGAUGGCUGUGAGAUUCUCUAGCUCAUGGUGGUCUCAUGUAGAGAUGGGACCACCAGAUGCUAUUUUGGGAGUUACUGAGGCAUUUAAGAAAGAUCAAAAUCCCAAAAAGAUCAACUUGGGUGCUGGCGCUUACAGGGAUGACAAUGGCAAACCAUAUGUUCUUCCUAGUGUUCGUAAGGCAGAAGAAAAAAUUCGAAUUAAAGAAAUGGACAAGGAAUAUUCUACAAUCUCUGGCAAUGCUGAAUUUUGCGAGCACAGUAUUAAUCUGGCUCUUGGAGAUGGAAAUGAAGUUGUUACAAAUGGAUUGAAUGCGACGGUUCAAGGAAUUUCUGGUACUGGUUCUCUAUUUGUCGGAGCACAAUUUUUAUCUCAUCAUUUUCCUGGUAAUAAAGAGGUUUAUCUUCCAACUCCUUCAUGGGGAAAUCAUAGUCCUUUAUUCAGGCUUGCUGGACUUACAGUAAAGUCUUAUCGUUACUAUGAUUCAAAAACUUGUGGCUUGGAUUUUAAAGGAGUAGUUGAAGACAUAUCUAGCAUUCCUGAGAGAUCGAUUAUCCUAUUGCAUGCAUGUGCUCACAAUCCCACUGGUGUUGAUCCUAAAGCGGAGCAAUGGGCACAAUUGUCCACUUUGAUCAAGAAAAAUCUAUUUCCAUUUUUCGACAUGGCAUAUCAAGGCUUUGCUUCAGGCGAUCUUACAAGAGAUGCCUUCGCAGUCAGACUGUUCAUUAGAGGACACAAAAUCGCUUUGGCUCAAUCUUAUGCAAAAAAUAUGGGUCUCUAUGGCGAACGCGUUGGUGCGUUCAGUUUGGUAACAGACAGCAAGGAGGAGGCUGCUCGUACUUUGUCGCAAUUGAAGAUUGUCAUUAGGCCAAUGUAUUCGAAUCCACCAAUCUACGGAGCUCGUAUAGUCAAUGAAAUUCUCGGCAAUCCGGAAUUGCGAAAGGAAUGGUUGCGCGACGUUAAAGGUAUGGCCGAUCGCAUCAUUUCGGUUCGCACAAAGCUCAGUGAUAAUUUGAAGAGAAAUGGCAGCAUUCGUGAUUGGUCUCACAUUACCGAUCAAAUUGGAAUGUUCUGUUAUACUGGCCUGAAGCCAAAAGAGGUAAUUUUUUUUCAUUAAAAUAUGGAUUAAUUUAUUGUUGU